UUUCCAUGAAUUAACAUUCUCAGCGUAACAACACAAUAACAGUAAUCAGCUAAAUCGCAACACACGCACUCAGAACACAAAGAAUCGUUUUUCGCUUCAGGGUUGGUGGCUUGAAUUUGUACUGAUAUCUCUCAUUUGGAUCGUGCGGAACCGUUUCGUUGCAACUUUAAUAUCUCUUUUCUUGUUUUGUUUUCCAAGGAAAUUUAGUAGUUUGUGCUUUACAGUUACCUAGGUCAGACACUUACCCCAUAGGAAUCUUUUAAGAAUCUUUGUUCUGCCUGGUAGCUUUACGAAACAUGAUGCCAAUCAGAAGUAUGGACUCAUACCCAUACCAGAGAAACCAAAUGCCAUUCCCUCAGUAUUAUCAUCCUGGCAUUGAGGCUCUUCCCCCUCAAAUGAAGGUUGAUCCAUCCAAACCACACCUUUCUUAUGACCCACGUUGGCCCUAUGCUGCCAAUUAUGGGCACCUUAUUCCCCCACAUUUCUGCUGUGGCCACAAUAACUUCCCAUGUCAUUAUGGCUACAUGCCUUCAUAUCCUCAUGCUCCUUCUCCUAUGUACUAUUCUGGUGGUUGCCCUGCGUACACUGACCCUUAUUUUCUUCCUUAUUCUCCACAACCACAUCAAACUAUGGAGCUUCCUAGGUAUGACUAUGACAAACAUAUGCCCCGUGACCAUCAUUGUUGUGGUUGUCCUAAUCAUUCAUGCAACCAAAAGGAAGGUACAAGUGUGAAGAUUGAAGAGCACGAGCCUGAUGUUGGAAGGAAAGUCAAUGAUUCUUUGGUUCCUAUUCAGCUCAAGAACUAUCCAUAUCCCUUUGUUUGGAUUCCACAAGAGCACACAAGUAACAAACAGCUGAAUAAUCCUAAUACAAUGGAGGUUGGUGAAAAAAACAAGCCUCCUAGUGUUGAGAAUGCUAAUGCUGUUGCACAGCCAGCACAAGAGCCUAGAGUAUGGAACGGAUGGUUACCCUUUGAUAUAAAGGGUGUCCCAAGCACGAUUCAUGAUGGAUUUGAAAUAAGAAACCAGAAACAGGAUUCUGGGAACAACAGAGGGGAAUCUGAAAAUGGAGAAAUGGACCAGAAACGUCAAAGCGAACCGAAGAGGUCGGAAUUCCCGUUCCCUAUCUUCUGGUUGCCUUAUUACAAUAAACUGGAGGAGAGUGGAGAGACUAACAACCAGGAGAAGAACAAUUCUUCACCAAAAAUCGUUGAAGAGGUGCCUCAUGUAGUUAAAUCUGUUCCAGUAAAGUCUCAUGUUGAUGAAGGUGGUAUGAACCGAACCAGAUCAGAUCAAGCUGCACGUCCAGAUACAAAUGCUUCAGAUGUUGCAGAGAAAGUGAGUAAUGCCAGAAGCAUACCUGUGAAGCAGAUAGGAAAAGAUGCUUCUCUAGAUCAAAUGGAAGAGAAUGUGGCAAAAAAGGAUUCCUCUACUGAUGACAAAAGGGGACAAUCUGCAUCUUUACCAAAAGCAUCAAAGUUACCUCCUGUUUGUCUGAGAGUUGAUCCACUACCAAGGAAGAAAAAUGGCAAUGGGAGUUCGAGGUCGAGGUCCCUCAGUCCACCUUCCUCAAAAGGACAGGCCCAAGUUACAUCUGUUGAAACAUUGAAGACUCCUGUGUCUGGCACAAUCGACAAGACUCAGCAAAAUUUGAAUCAUCAGAAUGCUCCCAGGACCACUGAGAAAGUUGAACCAAAGGAGAAAACCAUUCAGGAGUAUGAAUGUAAAACUAAUGAAAACAAGGGUGUUGACAAGACAGAUGAAUGUCAGAGCCAGAUCAAUGUAAACAUUCCAAGUGAAGGUUCCAAAAGGACAAAGGAUACCUGCACAGAUAGUGAUGAAUGCAAGAUUGAAGAUAAAGAGGCAGGAAAAGGAGCAGAAAAUAUGGAAGAAACUACUCAACUAGGGGAAGUGAAGGAUUCAAGCACUCUAACUGAUGUUGGUAGUAAAGAGGGAAAGAUCUUGUCAGAUGCAGAUGCUGCUGUUCUGAUACAAGCUGCAUAUCGCGGUUAUCAAGUUAGGAAAUGGGAGCCCUUGAAGAAACUCAAGCAAAUAGAUGAAGUCAGAAAGGAGGUGACUAAUGUUCAAGAUCGUGUUCAAGCUUUUGAGAGAUCUUCUGAUCUUCAAAAUGAUGAGAAGCAAAAAAUUGCAAUUGGAGAGAACAUAAUGAGACUCCUGCUGAAGUUGGAUACUAUACAGGGUUUGCAUCCAAAUUUAAGGGAGAUCAGAAAAUCCUUGGCUAGAGUGCUCACAAUGUUGCAAGAAAGGCUUGAUUCUUUAAUGGCUAAUAAACCUCAGCAGCAGAUGCAGGCUAUUCAGAAAGAUGUUGAAGUGACUCCAACGAACAUGCAGAAUGAAGAAACACUUGCCUUGCCAGGAGAUUCAUCUGAAGGCAAUAGUGAUGGUGGAAAUGUAUCUCAGUCACCAGUUGAUCCUGUACCAAACGAGGGUGGAGAGUCUGUUAAAAAUGGUUCGUGGAGUGAGGAUACUAUACAAGUCGUUACAGCAGAUACAUUGAACUCUACGAGUGAUCUGUCUGAGACUGACAAAAUGGCUGUGGAAUCCGAAGACAAAUCAGAACCGAAAGACAUUCUCAUUGAGGUUGAUGAAUUGGAUAUGACUGUUGUGAAAGAAUUGCCAGUGGGAGUUCUUGAUGAAGAUAGAAAUGAUGCUAGUAUUGAGAAGGAAGAGGAGCACGAUAACACUGGUUCUGGAAGUGUAUCAGCCAUGGUGAAUGAUUCUGCACGAGAUGGACUAGGUUCAGAGAACCAUGCAAUGAUGGAACUUCCAGUGGAACUACUUGAUGAGGAUGAAAGGGACAAUGAAAUGAAUAUUUCUAAAGAAACACAAACUAAAAAUGGGGAAUUUAUUGAGGAGCUGCCUGUGGGACUACUUGAUGAGAAGGCAGAAGAAUCUGAAGAAGAGAAGCAUGAUGAAGCUAAGCCUAAAGAGGUUCUAAUGGCACAAGAAACGGAAUGUAAUGCAGACGAGGAAACAAGUUCUUCCACAGAUGAUACUUCAAAAGAAGCUCAAUCAGAGCAACAGCAGCAGCCAUUGGAAGCUCAAAAAGAGGAUAUUGAGUUGCCACCUUUGACAACAAAUGCCAAUGAUCAUGAAGCAGGAAAUGAAGAUGUGUGCUUGGAAGCAAAUGAUGCAAACAACAUCUCAGUCGAACCAACGGAGUUUGUGACUAUAGAAGACACACAGAAGGAAGAGGAACCAGAAGAAAAGAUUGCACUGAAGGAGACACAAAAGGAUGGUGAAGAGAAAGUUGCUGAAACUUUGGCCGAAGAGAAAGCAGUAUCAGCUGCAUUACAAGCUGACCAUGAUGGAGGGUUAAAUGGUGAGUCGAAGUUAGUGGAGGAAAAUGAGAAGCUAAGGGAGAUGAUGAAGAAGUUGCUUGAGGCUGGUAAUGAGCAGUUGAGUGUGAUAUCAGAUUUAAGUGGCAGAGUGAAGGAGUUGGAGAAGAGAUUAGCCAGGAGCAGAAACAAGAGAAUGAAGACAAAACGGUAUAGAUCAGCAGCUUCCAAAAUUUCUGGGAUGAGUUCAUGAAUAUUAUGUAAUGCCUCUAUUGAAUUUCCAGGAGUAUAUGCAUACACUGUAGUUGAGGGGUGUGGCAUGUUUCAUUGUAAAAACUGUAACAACUGUGCUUGUGUGCUAUGAAAAUACGAAAUUUUGGUUGUUUCUAUAUUCAGCGAAUAAAUUUGGCUUCUAAAA